AGACUUCACCGGAGCACCGACAGCCGCUGCCGAAGCCUCCUGACCGGACCGGACCAGACAUGCUCUCCCCAGGACUCUCCGUGUCUCUGCUGGCCGUGUCCUGCGCGCUGUGGCCGGCUGCGGUCCAAGCGGCGUCCUGCGAGCCGGUGCGGAUCCCUCUGUGCAGGUCCAUGCCGUGGAACAUGACCAAGAUGCCCAACCACCUCCACCACAGCACGCAGGACAACGCGGUGCUGGCCAUCGAGCAGUUUGAAGGACUGCUGGGUACUGGCUGCAGUCCGGAUUUGCUCUUCUUCCUGUGCGCUAUGUAUGCUCCCAUCUGCACCAUCGACUUCCAGCACGAGCCCAUCAAACCCUGCAAGGCAGUGUGCGAGCGCGCAAAGUAUGGCUGCGAGCCAGUUAUGAAGCGCUACAACCACAGCUGGCCCGACAGUCUGUCCUGCAGCGAGCUGCCGCUGUAUGACCGCGGAGUCUGCAUCUCACCUGAGGCCAUCGUCAAGGCAGAAGGGCCAGAUCCAUACAACCAGGACCCAGCCAGAUGUAACCCAGAAUCCAGUCCAGACUUUCCCAUGGACUCCAACAACCUCCACUGCAGAGGACCCAAUGGAGAUCGCUGCAGAUGCAAGCCAAUCAAAAUGGGUUUGAAAACUUAUCUGAAGCACAACUAUAAUUACGUGAUCAGGGCAAGGGUGAGGGAGGUGAGGAAUCGUGGUCUGGAGCCCACGGCAGUGGUGGAGGUGAAGGAGGUGCUCAAGUCUUCCCUGGUCAACAUUCCCAAGGAGACGCAGACACUCUACUACUCUUCCUCUUGCCUGUGUCCUACUCUGUCUCCUGGAGAAGAGUACCUCAUUAUGGGCUAUGAGCAUGAGGAGACAUCCAGAUUGCUCCUGAUCGACGGCUCCAUUGCUCAAAAGUGGAGGGACAAAAUGGGCAGGAAGGUCAAGAGGUGGGAUCAGAUCCUGCAGGGAAAAGGCAGAGGAGCUCAGCGCCGGAGUCGCCACUGAGAUCUGAGACCUGACUCUGUGCUCUGUGUGUGUGUGUGUGUG